AAUUUAUAAAUCAUAGAUUUACGAUUUUUUUUUUCCUGUCCAUUGCAAGUUUCAUAAAGAAUAUUUUGAGCGUUUUGUCCCAUUACCAGUUGGUACUGUGGCGCCCUUAACUCUACCAUGCUCGUCCGGAGGUUUCAUCGAGCCACGGCAUGGGCGACACCGCUGUUGCGAGACCUAACUGUAGGACAAAUCAUGGAACUUGGAGUCAGCAGGCUGCAAGUUGGGAGCUUUUGUUACUGUACAAUGAUUCAAGAUCAAAUGUCUAAACAACUUGCUGUUAAAGAUAUAAAAAAUAAGGAUUUUAACAAUAGUAAAGCUUUGGGCCAGACUUCAGAGCAAAAUAUUGGAGACGUUAGAAAGCACCAAAUUGGGAAAAAUGUUCCACGGAAGGACAAAAUUAACUUUCUUGUAAAUACGCUUCUCGAUCUGAGAGAUAGUAAGGAGGCUGUUUAUGGUGCUCUUGAUGCCUGGGUUGCAUGGGAGCAAGACUUUCCAAUAGGAUCCCUUAAGCAUGUAUUGACUGUCCUUGAGAAGGAACAGCAGUGGCAUAGAGUCGUACAGGUAAUCAAAUGGAUGUUAAGCAAGGGGCAGGGGACCACAAUGAACGUCUAUGGGCAGUUAAUACGGGCUUUAGACAUGGACCAUCGAGCUGAAGAAGCACACAAGUUUUGGGUCAUGAAAAUUGGUUCGGAUCUACAUUCAGUUCCUUGGCAAUUGUGCAGGAGUAUGAUAGCAAUAUAUUACCGAAAUAAAAUGCUAGAAGAUCUUGUAAAGCUUUUUAAGGAUCUUGAAGCUUUCGGACGUAAACCUCCAGAAAAAUCGAUAGUGCAGAGGGUAGCAGAUGCUUGUGAGAUUCUGGGCUUGCUUGAAGAGAAAGAGAGGGUACUCAUGAAGUACAAAUACCUUUUUACAGAUGAGAAAGAAGGGUCAAUCAAGAAAUAUAAGAGGGUUUCGUUUGAGAAAUCAAAGGGAAAAAGAAAAUCGACAAAGAGCACUGAAGACAAUAGCAACCUUAUGAAGGCUCAAUGAAUGAAAUUAACAGAUUCUCAAAUAUAAAAAUGAAUUAUGUAUUAGUUAACUUAGUCAUUUAUCUCAGCAACCCCAGGCUUAUGGUCUCCUGAAGGCCUUACCGACUGUUAUGGGCAUCGACAUUUUGCCUUGGCUUUGUAAGUAAUUGUUUGUUUGUUGAAUUGUACUUCUCCAACUUGUAGUACUGACGUGUAUUUUUCCCAUAAAAAAUUAAUUACCCUCUUGGAUUAUUUUUUUAGGGUACUUGCAA